AUGACAAAAGCUAAAGAAGAUACAAGGAACAAGACACAAACUGCUGCUGAUGUAUCCAAAUCAACAGAGGGUACCGAUGAAGAAAAAGAAAAGAAGAAUGAAAAGAAAAAAGAAGAAAUCGAAACAGAGACAGAACCUGCUACUGAACCCGAGCAAAAAGAGGGUGCUCAUGAAGCAAAACAACAGCAGAAAAAAAAGAUGCAAGAAGAUAUUGGCCAAGAAAAAGCAGUUGUUGCUGAAACCAACCCAAAAGAGCAUGCCAAUCAAGAGAAGACACAACUUCAAGUAUUGGAAAGUGACGAUGAUUUCAAGGAAGAAUCAAUCCAAAACAAGCCACUCGCCAUUUAUUGCUGCAAAACAAACAAGGUCAUUGAUGCCUUCUCAGAAAAGCAAUUGGCACUCCAACCAACCAUUGAAGAAUUUGAGAAAAAUGAUCUAGCCUUUGCAAGAAAUCCAUACACAGAAAGAUCUUACGUUUUCUCAACACUCAUCAAUACUCCAUUACAAAACCAAGAUCAAGCACUGAGAGAAAAAAUGAUGGACAACCAUUUUCCAGAAGAUUUGAAAAACAGAUAUAUCUAUUUCCCAAUCAACCACGACAACCAUUGGACAAUUGUGGUCUUUGACAAUGCUGAUGGGAUAUGGAGACACUAUGACUCUUUGAGACCAGCAAAAGAUUGUCACAACAAGCACUUUGAAAUUGCAAAGGAAAUUCAACAACAUCAACUCAGAUGGAAUAAAGCAUUACUCAGCAAUCAGGGAAACAUGUUUUCAUCUCAAGAGUGCGAGACAGAAAUUGCAUCAAUUGAGGAAUGCCCACAACAAACCCCACACUCGUAA